GGUACAAAAUACAAAUAAAAAACCAUACUUGCUCUGUGUAAAAAACAAACUUAUAGGUACAUCUUUGGUAGGUACCUAUUUGGCUAUUUGAAAUUAUUGUUAGAUCAAAUAAACAUAAUAAUUACAGAAAAGAUAUUAAAAAAAUGGCAUUUGUGAAUUUUCUGAAAGAAAAGAAGAAACUUAUUUUUUAUACAGUAAUAAUUUGUUUUAUAUCCAUAUUAGUAAAUAAGAGUUUCAUGACAAAUUCAACAUCAGAAAAAGUUAAAUCCAAUAAAAUUACACUAACGCAAGAGGAACUAGCAAAAUAUAAUGGUGAUGAGCAUGAAGAAUUAUAUUUAGCUGUUAUGGGGUCUAUUUUCGAUGUCUCCAGUGGCAAAAUGCACUAUGCAAAAGGAAGUUCAUACCACUAUUUCAUUGGUAAGGAUGGUACUAGAGCCCUUGUAAGUGGAAAUUUUAAUGAUGAAAGUGAAGAUAAAGAUCAUAUUUUGAAUUUGAAAUGUGAUGAUAUAUUUGCCAUAAUGCACUGGAGAAAAACAUUCCGUGAAAAGUAUAAAUAUGUAGGAGUAUUACAGGGCAGAUAUUAUAAUUCUGAUGGAACAGAAACCGAAUAUAUGGCAGAAUUUAAGAAUAAGUUAAAGAAAUGCAAAGCUGAAAAAGAGAAUGUUAAGAAACAAGACAAUUUAUAUCCUCCAUGUAAUGUUGCCUGGAGUGAAACAGAGGGUACCAGAGUGUGGUGUUCAAAGUCUAGUGGUGGAAUAAAAAGGGAUUGGGUGGGAGUGCCACGUCAACUCUACGAGCCUGGUAGUGAUAAACCAAAAUGUGUAUGUGUUCAACAAGAAGAUAAUAAUAUGCUCAAACAGUAUGAAGGAUGCUCAAGUAGUGCUACUGAAUGUUUCGUCCAUGUUACAUAAUUAUUAUAAUUUGUAUAGUGUCAGUCCCAUGUCCCCGUAGUGGGGUAAGGGGCAGAUGCACUAUGUAGACAUCUGUCACUGAUCGAUUUUUCUUUAGGGUCAA